UGUCAAAGCCCCUCUUCUCACUUUUUCAAUAUUAAUCCCUCUCUCCCUUAUAUGGCUCAUGCUGAUAUCAUGAUAUGACCAAUAUGGUUCCUCUUGAUUCCUCACUGCUUUUUGGCGGUUUCACGGGCGCGAUGAUGAUGAGAGAAGUAACUAUAAACAAUCAAGAUUCUAGUGGAGAGACAUGCUCCGUCUCCGAUCCAACAGCAGCUUCUACUGAUUAUUAUAACAUCAUCUCUCCCUCUCCGGUGAAAGACGUGGGAGCGGCCGCAAAGAACGACGUCCUUUGUUCUAUUAAUAACGUACAAGAUAAAGACAAAUCUUGGCUUCGCUUAGGUAUAGGCCCUGAUGAGGAGAACACUAAUAACACGGGGUCGUGUAAGCUCCAACGUUGUUGUAGCCAAAACGGAAGUGGAAGAGACAAGUCUUUAGAGCUCAGCUUGUUCUCUUCCUCCUUAACCGCGGGAGGAUCCAUUAGUAGUAGCGUAGAUUACUCACAGCCGCAACCACCGCAGCCGCAGCCAUAUUCUCAUGAUCAGUUGCUAACUAUGCGUGGACCGUCGUUGGUUUACGGUCACCAAUUAAUUCGGCCUCAAACGUUAGUUAACCGAGGCUUUUCGUUUCCAUCUUCAAAGCCGUGGAUACCUCAAUAUACGGUGCCGUUUAGACCGUCAUCAUUGAGUGACCGUGACGUCACUAACAAUAAUAGUGCUACAAGGAGUUGUUGUGUGGAUGAAGGAGGAGGGGCUGGACCAAGCUCCGAGUUUAGGGUUCUUGAUCCUCCAAGAAGACCACAUUCUGGUCUUUGGUUUCUCCUUCAAGCUUCACAAUUUCAGGAGAAGGAACCGUUCUUGCCACAAGUAAGCAAAAGCUACUUGAGAAUCAAGGAUGGGAGAAUCACAGUUAGAUUGCUAAUUAAGUAUCUUAUGAAGAAACUUCAAUUGGAUAGCGAAACUGAGGUAGAAGUAAGAUGCAGAGGACAACAAUUAUCGCCGUUGUUGACGAUGCAGCAUGUAAGAGACACCAUAUGGAUUCCCAAAUCAUCUUCAUCAUCAUCAUCAUCAUCUCCUUCUUUUACUUUGCUUCGAGACUCAUCAACUACUGAUCAUAUCAUGAUUUUGCAUUAUGGUAGGACUGCUUUAAUUUAAAUCUUUUUUUUUUUAAUAGUUUUUUUUUGUUUGCACUAAGUCUAACAUUUUUCGAUCAUCAUAUUGUGUACCUACGAUACGAUCGAGUUUUAAUUAUUUAUC